AUGCAUGUGUGGAGAGAGUGGAGAGGUAUUAUGUGGAGAGUGAAGAACUAUGCUAUGUGGUUUGAGAGAGAGGUGGUGGAGGGGGUUAUUGCGAAUGCGGUGAAAGGGAUAGUACAGAGUACAAGGAAGGGAAAAGAAAGGGGAGGCCGGGGAAGAUGUAUGGAGUGUGGGGUCGUUGUAUUAAAUAAUCUUAAAUGUAUAUAA